CCAUCACACCAACCUCAAUGAAAACAUAUCACCUCUAGCUGGAAGGCUAGUUACACCUCUCCGCCGCUGAAUCACCUGACAGCCCCAAACCCGCAGCAGGUUAAUUCGACACGUGCAUGAACUGGGAUGUCUGCAGCCGACUGGUACGCCCACAAGUCGCUGGGAGACGGACUCUUCUGGAUCCAGGAGCGAUUCUACCAGUCGGAGAACCGGGCCAACAUCUGGCUGCUCCGCGGCUCGCACCAGGACGUGGUGAUAGACACCGGGCUGGGCUUGAGGAGCUUACCUGACUACAUAGACGGCAAGGGGCUGCUGGGCGAGGACCCGCAGAGGAAGAACCCGCUGCUGGCCAUCGCCACCCACGCCCAUUUCGACCACUCGGGCGGUCUGCAUCAGUUCCAACAGGUGGGCGUCCACAGCGCCGAGGUCGAUGCUUUGGCCAACGGAGACAACUUCGAGACGGCCACCUGGCUCAGCGACAGAGAGAUAGCCGAGGCUCCCAGUCCGGGAUGGAGGGCCAGGCACUACAAAGUCAAGGCUGUGCAGCCCACACACAUCCUGCAGGAGGGUGAUGUCAUCAACCUGGGUGACAGACAGCUGACGGUGCUCCACAUGCCCGGUCACUCGCGGGGCAGCAUCUGCCUCCAUGACCGUGACAAUAAGUUGCUCUUCAGUGGGGAUGUGGUGUAUGACGGCGCCAUGAUUGACUGGUUGCCCUACAGCCACGUCAAUGACUACAUCAGCAGCUGUGAGCGCCUGGUGGGGCUGGUGGACAGCGAACAGGUUGACCAAGUCCUCCCGGGACACUACAACACCUUUGGCGCAAAGCGGCUCCAUCGGAUUGCAUCCACAUAUAUCAGCAGAGCUGGAACGUGCCCUGCAAAGUUCUCCACAUUUGCCUGGGGUACUCUGGCGGGGGUGGCGCUGCGGGCAUAUAACCCACGUAGUGCCUGCUAAUGAGAGGGGAUCAUGGAGCUGGAGGGGAGCACAAGUGCACAAAGAAAGAUGUUUAGAUAUGGAGGGGAGACAGCCCUUAUUUAUCUGUAACCCGAUGUAACAUUUUUCAUUCACUUAUGUAAUCCAACAAAAUAUCAUAUAAUUGCCAAACUUUGUGUAAAAUGCCCUGAUUGGGUUACAUAAGUCAAUAAUCAGCAUCAUAUGAAGCAUAUAAUAUAAAGUAUUUAUAGUGUGAUUCUGUUCUAUAUUAAUGAAUACGUAUUUGUUGGAUUGAAUAUGGUUAUAUGUUUGAUUUUUAUACUUUAAGCAGUUGUGAAAUUAUAAUAGCACAACAAUGGUACAGCUCUGCACUGCAAACAGAAAGCAGAGUCAGUAUGGCCAUAGUAUUUCUCUAUGCAUUUUACAAUGCUCAGUGAAGGCUCAGUGUCAACUACCUCCAACGUUUGUAACAGUGCUUUGUACUAUUGGCAAAUCUACGGCUUUGGUAUCGAAACAUUGACAAUAAAGCCUCUGUUCUACCUGCCCUUCUUGAUGCAUCCACAAGACAGACAA